UGCAAACGCACUCGAUUCCGACGUGUCUCCUCCGACCCGGCCAGCACUUGCUUUCUCCGCAUCCUCAGUCGGACCAAUUCACAGGCACAAGUGCCGUUUUGCUGCGAUCUGGACUGGCGGAAUCCAGCUCUUCUUCCUCUCAUCGCACUAUGGAGCCCAACCGGAUAUGGCACGAUCCAGUGGUCGAAAUCUUCAGCAACCUCAUCACCCCAACCGUUUGUUACUCGGCUGAGGCCUAUGAUCUGGCCAACCGCCGAUGGUACAGACUUGAUGUCACCGAAGCAGAGGUUCCCGAUGACGACUGGCUCGCGGAAACGGUUGCGAGCCAUGUGAGAGCGUAUUACGAUGCACACCAGCAAGUUCCGCCCUGGAAUACCAUCAACAUGACAGCACGCGAUAGCGCUGCAUCUUACGAGAUCCGCGCGGAUGACCUCGUCUCCAGACCGAUCACCAAAUUUUUGUCCUACGGCACCGAGCCGACCGACAAGCUCCCCACCACGUCGGUGGACGAGUUGAAGCAGCUCACCUACAUCAGCCGGUCUGCAGACCGAUGCGUCUGGCGCGGUCGCGACUGCGUCUUCAAGCGCAUCGAGUUCGAUGUCGACAUCAUGCCGAUCGCCCAGGAAAUACGGGCUCGGGAGGCUCUCAUUGAAGCGAUCGGCCCGGUCGGAAGCGACGCCGACCUCAACGUCGAGAUGACCAACCGAUUUUCUGUCGUUCCCAUCCUCGCCGUGGUCAUUGGCAACAGACAGCCAUGGAAGCCGGGCACUGUUGCGGGGUUCCUGAUGCCUUUCUGCGGCAGCGACCUUGAGAUUCUGACUCGAAAUCCCGCAGACGAACUCCCAAUCACAGAAGCGCAAUUGCGUGGCCUUGUCCGUGGGGUGCGGGAGCUCGGUAGGUGUGGUGUGAAGCACGGGGACAUCAGGUUCUGGAACACGGUCCUGCAGCCGGGCGAGGGCAGUCAGGAAGCGCGACUGCUGCUGAUCGAUCUCGGAUCGGUGGCGCCGGACUACGACGGCGAUGCGAAGGCGCUGGGAACGCUGCUCCUGUGGUGUGUCGCGCGGGCGUGCUCGUUGAAGGCGGAUGGCGCGGCGAAGGCAAGAGUGGUUGCGGCGGCAGCGGCGCUGCGCGCUGACGAGGAUUUCGACACUGCGCUGGCAUGCUUGUCUGGGGAAUCUCGAAGUGCCAACACCAACACCAAGGCCUGAUUAUCUGUUUGAGUGAGGGCCUACUCAUUAGCCCACAAUGAAUCGCCAAUUACCGACGCUGGGUCCAGAGAGCAUGCAACUGUUCCUGGCACUCGCGUGGUCGGUACAGACUUGCUAUCUAGGCAUCAUGCUGUGCGCCAGCGUAAUCCUCUCCACUGUGUACAGGCAAAAAAUAAGAAGCCUCUGUGGAGAAUCUCGUCAUUUUCCGGUAGACGUUAAAGAGGUCCCGCCAA